UUGUAUAAACAUAACAGAGCAUCCCAGAGACAAGCACCGGAGAGAAAGCCUCUGCAGUUCCUCUCACUUUAUAUUUUUCUUUUGUUAUUAUUCUUAUUUCUAUUCAUAUCAAUGGGUUCGGUGGAGACGGAACCGCUCUUGUCAGGGUUUUCUGCAGGAGAAGAAACUCCUCGCUCAAAUUCCAAGCACGUGUCCGAUGGGGAACUUGAGAGAAUUCUCACAGACGACACCCUCCCUUUCCUCCGCCGUCUCGGGGCCGCCUUUUGGGUGGAGUUCAAGCUCCUCUUCUUCCUCGCCGCCCCUGCUGUGUUUGUCUACGUCGUCAACUACGUCAUGUCCAUGUCCACGCAAAUGUUCUCCGGUCACCUCGGUAAUCUUGAACUCGCCGCCUCCUCCCUCGGCAACAACGGCAUCCAACUCUUAGCUUAUGGCCUCAUGUUAGGCAUGGGGAGUGCAGUUGAGACGCUGUGCGGACAAGCAUACGGUGCGCAGAAGUUCGGGAUGCUAGGUACAUACAUGCAGCGCUCAACUGUGCUUCUUUCAUUGGCCGGCAUCCUUAUGACCGUCGUAUACGUGUUAAGUGAGCCAAUUUUACUCUUCCUCGGCGAGUCCGCGGAAAUUGCGGCGGCAUCGGCGCUUUUCGUGUACGGUUUGAUUCCUCAGAUCUUCGCGUACGCGGUGAACUUCCCUAUCCAGAAGUUUNUGCAGGCGCAGAGCAUAGUGGCGCCGAGNGCAUACAUCUCAGCGGGGNCGUUAGUGNUGCAUCUGGUGCUGAGCUNGUUGGNGGUGUACAAGAUUGGGUUGGGACUCUUGGGAGCGUCANUGACGCUGAGCCUGUCGUGGUGGAUCAUCGUGAUUGCUCAGUUCGUGUACAUCGUGAAGAGCCCGAAGUGCAAGCAGACGUGGCAGGGGUUCACGUUGCAGGCAUUUUCCGGGUUACCGUCGUUCUUCAAGCUGUCUGCAGCUUCCGCCGUUAUGCUGUGUUUGGAGACGUGGUAUUUUCAAAUUCUGGUGCUGCUCGCAGGCCUGCUUCCUCAACCUGAAUUGGCCCUUGAUUCGCUAUCAGUUUGUACUACACUUUCUGGCUGGUUUAACAUGAUCUCCGUAGGAUUCCAAGCUGCCGCAAGCGUGAGGGUGGGUAACGAACUCGGAGCAGGAAAUCCAAAAUCAGCAUCCUUUUCGGUGGUGGUGGUGACAGGGAUUUCUUUCAUCAUAUCAGCUAUUAUAGCAAUAGUGAUUCUUGCACUUAGGGAUGUCAUUAGCUAUGCCUUCACAGGGGGUGAAGUAGUUGCUGCUGCAGUUUCAGAUCUUUGCCCUCUGCUUGCUCUUGCUAUUCUCCUCAACGGCGUCCAGCCCGUCUUAUCUGGGGUGGCUGUUGGAUGUGGCUGGCAAGCUUUCGUGGCUUAUGUAAACGUGGGUUGUUAUUAUGGAGUUGGCUUACCACUGGGAGCGGUUCUAGGCUUUUAUUUCGACUACGGUGCCAAGGGAAUAUGGCUGGGAAUGCUUGGUGGCACAGCCAUGCAAACAGUGAUUCUAUUGUGGGUUACAUUUAGAACGAACUGGAAUAAGGAGGUGGAGGAAGCAGCCAAGAGGUUGAAGAAAUGGGAGGACACGAAGGAGGAAUUACUAGAAUAAGGAUGACUUGUUUAUGUAGGGGCUAGAGAGCUCUUUAUUAUUAUUAUUAUUAUUAUUAUUAUUAUUAUUAUUAUUAUUAUUAUCUCUACUCUUAUUGGAAGUUGUGUGUUGUGACAUGUAACAAUUUUAUUUGAACAACUAUCCAAUUUUGUUAGAGAUAUUUUCUACCUUUUUGUGUUAGAUUUUUUGUUUUGUUUCUGUGAUUAAUUAAGGAGAAUGACUAUUCAAUUUCAAUAAUUUAGGGAUCACAUUCUAGGGGAUAUGUAAAUGUGAUCUGUUUUCAUUUUCUCUUCUUGUAGAACGGCUAUAAUAAGUAGUCAUGUUUUUAGAAAUCAAUAAGACUGAACUUUUUCCCCAUCUUUCA